AUGGCGUACCUAUGCCAUCGAGUGGUCGGGUUUCGCAUUGGUGACGUAUUUUUUGUGUGUACGGAGUACCUUGGCGGUUAUCACAUUGUAUUUUUCCUGCAAAGAAAUCAUUUUCCUCAGGGAAGGGGGGGUUCGCUUCAUACAAUUGCUUUUUGGCAAACAUUUGAGGUGGUUGCCUUGGGAGUGGGGAAGCAGUCAUGUGUUUUCGUCGUACCUAUUGCAGUGUACUCUGGAGGAACAUUAUCUUUUGCUGUUCCAGUGCGUUUGCUUGUUGGUGGAAGGGUGGGGGAGGGGAGGAUCUAUCUAUACCCCUUUUGCAAUGGAACGUCGUUAUUUGCCCCUGCAGAAGCCAGAGCUAUCCGCUCCGUCGGAUUUUGGAUGGUUCUGCGUCGGGGAUUCGCCAGCGCAAAACAGGGAAGAGUGAGGGAGGCAGGCCAUUGGCGUGUUUCCUUCCGUUCCAAACAUCCCCAGACGAACAUGGGGCACCAGCUCCGUCUGUCGUCCUUUCUUCUCGCCUGGCCUCAAGGGUGA